AAUUGCUAUAUGCAUGCUAUACUAGCUAACUGGCUGGCUGGUUGCUUUCUUAUUAAUGUGUAGCUUGUUAAUGUUCAAUCAGAUCAAAUGUACGUGUACUGUUGUGUUUGCAUGGUGCAUCAGCUAUGUAGCUUGCAUAUUAUUAUAUAUUAUUGGUUGAAAGCUGUUACUUGUAAGGUGGUCGAUCUGUAGCCAGCCAGUCGCACAGUUCACACACUAACAGUACACAGAUAAUGACAUGAUUGAUGAUACCGUAAGAUCUCGAUUUAAAGCGACACUUUUUAUAAUUACGAAGCCAGAGGUUGCAUCUUUUGGAGGUUGAAAAAUUAUAUUGAAGUCCUGGUGUUGCAUAUUUAGAGGGUCGCAUCUAAUUGGAGGUAACUUUACAGAGUCUACUUGCCUCGAUUUCAGGCCGCUUAAAAACACUGAUUUUCCAGUGGGCUACAAUCGAGGCUAGGGAGUGGCUACAUUUACCUCUAUUUAGAACGCGACAUUAAAAAAUAAUUGUCAACGCAGCUGUCGCUACUUUUAGAGGUCAGAAAAUUGCUGAAGCUCCUGGGUGUUGCAUAUUUGGAGGGUCGCCUUAAAUCGAGGUCUUACGGUACUGUGAAUGCUCUCUGUAUGUCAUUCAUCACUCAGUGACAUGAUAACGAGGAGGAGUCUGUCACGUCGGAUCUCAAAGACCUCGAGUUUAAACUGUUACACGAUCUCCUAGCUGCAAGAGGCCAGUAAUGUGAGACGAAACUUCACGCUCAAGGACAUCAACCUGCUCAAGAUUGUCCUUUGCAGUGGCUUGUACCCUCAGCUGGCCAUUGCUGACGACUGUAACUCCAGACUUGAAACAAGUCUACCACACAAAGAUGAAGUCAUUUGCACUAUUACAUCCGACCAGUAUAUUCUCUACCAGUCCAGAGUACCUUCACCCUGAGGGCACGGACAAGUGCAAGGAGCUACUGGCCUAUGUUGAUCUCCUGGAGACCAAUAAACCAUAUCUGGUCAAUGCCGUGAGGGUGCCAGCUCUGCAGACCAUCUCCUUGUUCUCACAGAGUUUGGACACUAACAAUGACUGUACCAGGCUAAUUGCUGACAGCUGGUUGGAGCUCAAGUUCCCCAGUGCGGAGGUGGGGGAGAGGGUAGUGGAGCGUUCUAAGGAGGAUCGUUUCCACGACGAUUUUGAUGACACUUCAAAGACAGCUGCCCUCGAGACGUUGCUAGCGUCCAAACUAGCGGAGUUUCUGGACAGCUCUUUCCCCUACAAACUCGGUCAACUAUCAGCAGCUGGCAAGGAGCACCUUUACAAGGGACCACCCCCUGAUAACCAAGAAGCAGAAGCUGUUUCUAAAGAAGAGUCGAAAGAAUCUGAUACUGUAAAACCAGACAUGAAGCGACACCCACUGAAGGGAGGGUGGGCCAUCACUGAUUACCUCACUUAUGAUUGUCUGGAUGAUGGCACUUCCAGUACUUUGAGUAGCAGUGAUCACAUCAGUCGAGUGUGGAGCUGCCCUCAGUGUGAACAGAGACUGGCUGUUACCCUGGUCGAGCAGCUGCAACAUCAGGCCACCUGCAAGAAAGACAUGGAACAAGUUGCUGAACAAGACCUCGCUGCCAAGUCAGUAGACCCUACCCACCUCAAGUCCUACCAUUGCCCCGUGUGUGAACAGACCCUCCAACUGACUCCCAUAGAUAUCCUCAAACAUAAACCAAGAUGUUGUCUACAAAAGCUGAAGUCUGCGAUAUGGAUGAGUACGAAGAUGGUCUCGCUUUUCGAUUUGAAAUGCCCAAAGAGGAUCUAUCUUUGAGGGGUGUUUGCAUUGAAGAUGGUGUGCCCACGCUGCUUUUCAGUGUUGCUAAGAAAGUACCAACGAUUAUAGAGGAAGAAGUGGCCAUGUGUAUUCGUUUGAGCCAAGAAAACAAGCGUCCCGAGUUCUACUACAAUAGAUUUCUCCCUGACCACCCUCUUGCAGGAACUGGCCGACAUUUUAAGCAAUACAAGCCACUCUACAUGAGACGCACCUCUAUUGGGGAAACUCUUGCUGAAAUUGACUGGCAAAUGAAGUGCCUAAUGGUUGGUGUUCGUAGUGACAAGAAUAAGGAGAAAUUCUGGUCAUGGACUGAAAAAAGCAAUGUUGAUGGUUUGGCAAGUUUCGAAAACUUUGAACGUGAUCCAUCAAAGCAUGGUGGUGUGUACAUGAAAUGCAAGCGAGUAUCUAUUUGUGAAGAUGCAAACCAGAUUCUCUUUGAAGGAGAACCAGAAAUGGCAAUUGAUUCUGUGGAAUUUCCAGCAUAUUCACGUUACAUCACAGAACAUUUUGAUUCUAUUGCAUACUAUGACGAGCCACUUUUUCUCAAAAUGAAGGAGUACAUAAAGCUCAUUCUUGCUGUCGAGUGGCUGAAAGAAAAAGGAGUUCACUUCAGUCAGAACUGGAUACGAGAGCAUACAACACCCACGUACAAUCCCCCCAAAUCGUUACAAGUGGAACUCUCAGCUGAAGAAACCAACUCAACCAUGAAGCAGCUAAAAGAAGAGGCAAAGAAGGCAAUGAAAGGGCCUGAAGUGUUGCAAGCCCUCUCCCAAAGCAAGUACGUGGAUCGAGUCUCUGUUACGAAACCCACAGUGACAGUCAAAAGCAAAAAUUUUGAAGCUAAGUUUGAGCAAACGAUUGCUCAUCCUGAUUUUGAAAGAACAGCAGACUUGUAUGUGCCUCUUGUGCAGAAGAUAGUAGUGAGAGCUACCACACACGAUUUCGAUUUUCUCUAUGAAGGUAUGGACCCAAACAUGCCAGUCACCUUUGAUCCAGACACUAAAGAAACUGUUACGCCAGAAGUGAAAUCUUGGUCUGAGCUUAUGGGGGAAACUGAAUUCUUUCCUUGCAAAUGGCUGCAAGAUCCGAACGAUGUGAUGGUCAGAUCUCCAGCUCUCACUGGUGGCAUUUCAACUACUAACAUUCCUGUCCAUCGAGUAAACGAACAUGUACCUGUUCAAUCAACGCCAUGCCCACUUCAGGUGAAAGCAUCUAACUUUCGAAAGGUAGAAAAUAUACCAUCUUCUGCUGUUCCAGCACAGCCUGUGGUUAAUGCACCAUCAAGUAGUGCUCUUGUUAACAGGCCACCUAUUGCAACAGGUGGAGCACAGUUAAUGCAUGGACGGGAAGAUUCUUGCUCUAGUGUUGGAACGUCAAGAAAUGGGACGACAAUUAAACAACCAUCACUACACACUCACGGACUAAUAACACAGCUCAUUGCCGGGAAGGAGUUUGGGCCGCCUUUGAAUAUAUCCAUGCACCUCCGUCUGCCCCCUAAAGCUGAAGCAUCAGGCAACUGUGAUAGCGGAUACUCAAGCAUUGCAAGUACCCCUAUGUCUGGAUCUCGUCGAUUGCUCUAACAAAAAGAACAAUAUUUUUAGUACUGCUAUUGAUACUAUUGGUAUUUUUAUGUAGCUCGAGUAUAGCGACACCUCACUAGUGAUGUAUAGAUGCAACCUUUUUAGUUAGGCUAGUGGCUAGUAACGUAUAAUUUAUUGUUUACAAUUAAUGAUUAUUGAUAUUUUAUUUGGUUGA